AUGGGUACAUGUUUGAGUAAGAAGAAGAAAGGGUCUUCUACAUCCCCCCCUCUUGAUGAUACCAAGUCAGCUUCCACAGCACCUGCUGUGCCUGAGCUGAAGAAUGGUGUCACUGUGUCCAAAACCAAAGUGGAAACUGAGCCAGAUGUGAAACUGAAGAAGGAGAAUAAGACAGUGCAGCAAGAGAAACAUGAGUCAGUACAAGAAGAAGAAGACCAAGUGAAAAAGGAGAUAUUCAUCAUCAAGCACAGGAAGAGCCAUGAUGAUAGAGAGAGAAAUUCCAAAUGCCCACCUCAGAAGAAUGCACCACAACCAGAUUCUACCUUUGAAGCACCUGAAUUAAUGGUUGACAAGAUUGCUCCACCAUCUGCAAACAUUGGUGUGGGUGUGAGGACUUCAAGUUGUACCAAAGAAGAGGUGGAUGCAAUUCUUAUACAGUGUGGGAGACUCAGCAGAAGCUCUUCAGAUAAAGCUGCUUUUGGAGAACAUGGUGGGAGAAAGAGGUAUUCAGGUUCAAAGAGAAGUUAUGAUUUUGAUCAUUGUGAGAAUGAUACCAUUUCAACUGAUGAGGACCAAAAGAAAGCAAAUACCAACAGUGGUUUGUGUGAGGAUGAUGAUGGGGUGGCUGCAGCAGAGAAACAACACCAACACAGGCAGAGGCACCGCCAGUCUCCAAGGUCUUCUUCUCAGGAAAGAAGAAGAAGAACACCAAGCAGGGAAAGGGAGCAGCAUCAACGCUCCAGCAGCAGAGAGAGAAGAGUUAGUAAAUCUCCUGGUAGAAGAUCAUCAGAGACUACCACACCUUCCAAUGCAAGAAACAAUAGCAACACCAGUUCUAGGCCUGGAAAAAUGGUGUCUGUCCCAGCUACUGUUUCAUCCCUUGUGAUGGAUAAGAGUAACAAUGGUGGUGGAGAAUCUGCAGCAAACACAGGUAUCAAGAGGAUCACAGUUAAGAGAAAUGUUGGUGUUGCCUCACCACGUUCUCAAUCCCCUGCAAGAGCAACUGCUAAUAAUAAAGUAUUGGGUGAGAAUCAGCAACAACACUCUCUUAGCCGCAAUUCCUCAAGGAAAGCAGAACAAUCACCUCACAGAAGAAUCCCACUGAAUGAGGUUGAGCCUAACUCUCUUUCUUUUCCACAAACAACAGCCAACAAUAACAGCAGCAAGGUGCAAAACAAAUCCAAAAAGGAAAUUGAAACAGAAGCUAAUCAGAAACCAAAUACCAGCAGAACUGUAUUGGACAAGGGUGUGUGUGUGAAUUACAAGACAAAGGUUCAGCCAGAGGAAGAUGUCAAGGACAAGGUGAAGUCUUCAAUGACUGAUAAUAUUGUUGUGAAGACAGUGGUACCACCUGGGGUUGACAACCUAAAACCCCAGACAUUAACAAGAAGCAGAUCUGCUAGGAGAUCUAGAGACUUAGACCUCAACCCUGAAGCUCUAUUGAUUCCUCCACAUUCCUACACCUCACUAUUGCUUGAAGAUAUCCAGAACUUCCAUCAAAAGAACACACCUUCUAUUUCUCUCCCAGCUUGUGUCACCAAAGCUUGCUCUAUCCUUGAAGCUGUUGCUGAUCUCAACUCCAAUACCAGCUCAAAUUUCUGUGGUGCAGAGGACAGGAGAAGUCCACCUGCUUUUCAGUCUAGUAGGAAUGAUUAUAAUGUUCCAUUGGGUGCCAAUAAUUGUUAUGGGAAGAGGGUGCCAGAUACCAAGGAUCCAAUUAUAGAAACUGAGUUAGUUGUCAUUGAUGAUGUGAUGGAACCAAGCUUACAUAAGUAUGUGACAGUUAAUAGGGGUGGUUCACUUGGUGAGGUUGACAUGGAGGAUUUAGAGUCUUCAGGAAGCAACAGUUUCACUGUCAGUAGUGGUCAGCAGAACUGGGGCAUUUCUUCUUCUUCAUGGGAACCCAAUUCUGUUGAUUCAAAAGAUUGCUGGACUUCAAGAUUGAACAACCCCAAAGAGGAGGGUCAGAAAAGUCAAUUAGGCUUGGAAGGGAUGGUGUCAUCUGAAGCAGGGUAUGAUGUGGAUGGAGGAGCCAGGAAGAAAUUGAACAACAAAGGGAGAGUGUGUGAUCAAAAUCGUGGCAGGCUUGGUGCCAAUAAAGUUCUUCACACGAUACCUGUUGUCACAGCAGCUGCAUCCACAUAGGAUGUGAUAAAUGAAAUCACCUUCAUCUUGUACCUUUAAUACUCCAUGAGUUUGACAUUUCUUCUAUUUGGAGGGAGUUGCACACUUUGCAACCAGCUCUCAUUUAAUUUAAGCUCCAUAUGAACACUUUUUUUUUUUUUCCAUUCCUCACCUGUAGCUUUAUGCUCUUUUAUUUCUUCAAGUAAGAAUUGCAUAGACAGGGUAGGAUGAUCAGUCAUUUUCAGCUCCAUUUGUAUCAACUCAGAACACUUAACGGAGGGAAU